AGCGGCAGCAGGAGGAAGAGGCAGCCACAUACUGACUGCUCACUGACCGGUUACUGUGUGAAAAUGUCCACGAUUGAAACGCUGAGAGCUUUCGUUAACCAGAGACUGACCGCUGCUGUAGAAGACAUCUUCAGGCUGCUGGAAACAACCAUAUCAACCUACGAAGAAGAGAUCGAUCGGCAGCGAAGACUGCUGGAGGAUGUUGACAAGCCCGACACCCACACAGAAGCCCCGCAUAUUAAAGAGGAACAGGAAGAACAGUGUGUCAGUAAGGAUGUAGAACAGCUUAAAGAACUGAAGGAGUCUGAUACUACUGAAUUCCCAUUCACCACUGUGCCUGUGAAGAGUGAAGACGAUGAAGACACAGCUCAGUCCUUGCAGCUUCAUCAAAGACAAACUGAGGAGAACAGAGAGGUAGGGCCUCCAGCCAGCAGCCCAGCUCAACAGAUGGAAGCACAGACUGACAGCCAUCAUCAGCUGCUGUCUUUAUACUGUUGUGAAUCAGAGACUGAGGACAGUAAUGACGACUGGAAGGAGACAGGACAACAAGAAAAAAAUGACAGCACUGCCAAUCAUAAUAAAUCUCAUAGCCGGGAAAGGCCAUUUAGUUGCACAGUUUGUGACAAAAGAUUUGGUUGCAAAGGAAAUCUCCACGCCCACAUGAGAAGCCAUACAGGAGAGAAGCCGUUCACCUGCACUGUCUGUAACAAAAGCUUCAGUGCAAAGGUCAAUCUCAAGACUCACAUGAGAAGUCAUACAGGGGAGAAACCAUUCAGCUGCUCAGUCUGCAACAAAAGUUUUAGUCAAAAGAAGACAUUAGUCAUACACUUAAGAAGUCAUACAGGGGAGAGACCAUUCAGUUGCUCAUUCUGUGGAAAACGUUUUAGUGAAAAGGGAACUUUGAAGAGACACAUUAGAGUUCACACAGGAGAGAAACCGUACAGCUGCAGUGUUUGUGAUCGGACCUUUAGUUUGCUAUCACAUGUUAAAAGCCAUAAAUGUGCAGGUGGAAGCAAUAACAAGGCACUGUCCAAAUUGGUCCAGGAAAAAACUAAUGAAUGGGACAAGCAUUUGGACGCUGUCAUGUUUGGCCUGAGCACAAAGCGCCAAAUGACGACCAAAUACUCAUCUUUUUUUAAUGUUCGGGAGAGAGGCGAGGUGGAUAGCAGUAUUGAAGACAACCUGUCUGUUGAGGAGGUAACAGAGGACGUCCUCAAGCUUGAUGAUGCUCUUCAGAGUGCUAUCCUUAACAGCAAGGACAAACCUCACAAAAAGUCGAAAGGCACAAAGCCUACUCCCUACUUUCAGGUGGGCAUGAAGGUCUUGAGAUUAAAUGUUCAGAGCCAGCAGAGGACAGGGGGUAAAUUGGAUCCAACUUACCUUGGGUCAUACACCAUUUUGGCAAUUGCAGGGAAAAGUGUGAACCUUGUAGACAGCCAAGGAGUGAUGAUCCCAAAAAUCAAUACAGAUCACUUGGCUGCAUAUACGGAGGAACAACCAAGAGUUCUAUACAAACUUUCAGUGGAUUGGUCCACCAUCUCAUCCUCCUCAGGCCCGCCUACCAUCCCGUCCUCUGCUGGCUCGCCUACCAUCCCGUCCUCUGCUGGCCCGCCUACCAUCCCGUCCUCUGCUGGCUCGCCUACCAUCCCGUCCUCUGCUGGCUCGCCUACCAUCCCGUCCUCUGCUGGCCCGCCUACCAUCCCGUCCUCUGCUGGCUCGCCUACCAUCCCGUCCUCUGCUGGCCCGCCUACCAUCCCGUCCUCUGCUGGCCCGCCUACCAUCCCGUCCUCUGCUGGCUCGCCUACCAUCCCGUCCUCUGCUGGCUCGCCUACCAUCCCGUCCUCUGCUGGCUCGCCUACCAUCCCGUCCUCUGCUGGCUCGCCUACCAUCCCGUCCUCUGCUGGCUCGCCUACCAUCCCGUCCUCUGCUGGCUCGCCUACCAUCCCGUCCUCUGCUGGCUCGCCUACCAUCCCGUCCUCUGCUGGCCCGCCUACCAUCCCGUCCUCUGCUGGCUCGCCUACCAUCCCGUCCUCUGCUGGCCCGCCUAUCAUCCCGUCCUCUGCUGGCUCGCCUACCAUCCCGUCCUCUGCUGGCCCGCCUACCAUCCCGUCCUCCUCAGGCCCGCCUACCAUCCCGUCCUCUGCUGGCUCGCCUACCAUCCCGUCCUCUGCUGCAGAUGACUUGACUGACCUGUGUCGUCUCUCUGGGGAACUGGAUGGGGACACUCAUUGGGCUGCGCGCGCACCCGCGGACGCAAAUCACUUUUUGGCAGGCAGUCACUUUUUGGCACAACACCUGCAGCAGCCGCUUGCGCUCCGACUUUUUUUCACUCUGUUCGGAGAAGUUGUUUCUGUUCGUCGUGUGACAAUGUGUAAAAUCCGGACUCUGAGGACGCUGGUGAACCAGCGGCUGAGCGCGGCUGUAGAAGAGAUAUUUCGACUGUUUGAAACAACUAUAGCGGAAUAUGAAGAAGAGAUUCAGCGCCAACGCAGACUGUUGGAGGUUGUGGAGAGGCCUGUAGGGCAGGUAACCAAAGCAGAUGUUACACAGCUGUUGGCGAUUAAACAGGAGGUUCCCUCUGAGCAGCAGGACUGGAGGACCAGUCUGGACCAGGAGGACCCAGAGCCCCCACACAUUAAAGAGGAACAGGGGGAAGUCUGGAGCAGUCAGGAGGGAGAGCAGUUUCAAGGACUUGAGGAAGAUGAUAUCACCAAGUUCACCAGUGUCCCUGUGAAGAGUGAAGAUGAUGAAGAGACUCGGUCCUCACAGCUUCAUCAAAGGCAAACUGAGGAGAACAGAGAAACAGAGCCUCCAGCCAGCAGCUUAGCUCAACAGAUGGAAGCAGACUCUUCUGAUUCCGAGACUGAAUACAGUAAUGACGAGUGGAAGGAGACAAGGGAACUUCAGCCAGGUUCAACUUUUGUAAAACAUAAUGAAGUCCAUAUAAUUGUUGAAAAAUGUCAUUGUAGUAUUGGAAAGAAAACAUAUAAGUGCUCUGAGUGUGGUAAAAAAUUUAGCUUGAAGGGAUCUCUGCAGAGACACAUUCGAGGUCAUACAGGAGAGAAACCAUUUAGCUGCUCAGUCUGUGGUAAAAAAUUCGGCCGGAAACAACAUCUGCAGGAACAUGUGAUAAUUCAUACAGGGGAGCAACCAUUUAGCUGCUCGGUGUGUGGCAAAAAGUUUCGUUAUAAAGCGGGCAUGAGGAAACACAUGAGAGCACACACAGAGUCAGACCACACCUCACCACUGUGUGAAAAAAUGUUCAACCAGAGGGAAACUCUACCAUCCCAUAUGACAGUUCAUAGAGAUGAUCGAGCUGUCAGCUGGUCAAUUUGUGAAAAUGAAUUUGAAGGAACUCAUGUUAGUAUUCACACAACAACUGUGAACAUGUCUAAAGCCGAGAUGCUAAGAGUGUCGGUGAGCCAGCGCCUGACUGCAGCAGCUGAGGAGAUAUUUCGACUGUUUGAAACGACCAUAGCGGAGUAUGAGGAGGAACUUUGUCGUUCAAAGCUGGAGAACGAGCGACAGCGCAGAUUCCUGGACGCUGUUCUGAAGCCGGAAGUUCGGUUACACCGAGCAGUGUUAUCUGCAGAUGUUCAGCAGGGCCCAGAGCUUCCCCAUAUUAAAGACGAACAGGAGCAACUGUGGAGCAGUCAGGAAGGAGAGCAGCUUCAAGGACCUGUCUCUUUGAAGAGUGAAGAUGAUGCAGAGACAGCUCGGUCCUCACACCUUCAUCAAAGACAAACUGAGGAGGAGACAGGAGAGACAGAGCCUACAGCCAGCAACUCAGGUCUACUGGUGGAAACAGAAGGUGAUGGACAGGCCCGUGAAGGAUCAGAGUCAAACGAUUCUGAUCCAGAGAACAGUAAUGAAGACUGGACAGAGACAAGAGAACCUCAGACAGAUUUAAAAUCACUGAAAAACAAUGGUGUUCCUGGAGAUGAUAAAAAAUGUAACAGUGGCAGGAAGUGUCUAAGCUGCAGUAGGUGUGGUAAAACAUUUGACCCCAAGGACUGUGGGCUGAGCCACAUGAGAAGUGCUUCGGGAGAGAAACCAUUCAUCUGCUCAGUUUGCGUUCCCAGAUCUGCACAGAACUCACAUUUAGUGUCAGUGAAGAGAACUCACUCAGGAGAAAAAACCUUCAUGUGUUUGAUCUGUAAGAAACAGUUCAACUAUAAAGGAGAUGCUGUGAGACACAUCAGAACUCACACAGGGGAGAAACCCUUCAGUUGCUCAGUCUGUGGUAAGAGAUUUGCACAGAGCACAGGUUUGGGGACUCACAUGAGAACCCACACAGGAGAGAGACCGUUCAGCUGCACGUUCUGUCCUAAACGCUUCGUCCAGAGCGGAAUCCUGGCCAGACACAUGAGAGUUCAUACAGGAGAAAAGCCAUACAGCUGCUCGGUGUGUAACACCAGCUUCACACUCAGUCAGUCACUGUUGAAACACAUGAGGAUCCACACAGGAGAGAAACCAUUCAGCUGCUCCAUCUGUGAUAAAAGAUUCACACAGAAAGGACAUCUGACGCAACACAUGACACACCACACGGGGGAGAAGUCCUUCAGCUGCUGUGUCUGUGGGAGAAAAUUCACUCGACAGUCAAGUGUGAAAAAACACAAGUGUGUUCCUGAGAGCAGUGGAUGAAGCUACACGGCUGUCUGUGCACUAUAACGCUCCAGCACAGAUAGUGAUUGAAGCAGGAACAACAUGAAUAUAUCUGACACAUUGAUGUAAUAGAGCUGCCUCUGUUUUUAACUGUGAAUAAAUUCAAAUUAACUUACAUAGCUUUUGACUUACACAGCUGCAAACUCGUCAGCUUUCUUCAAAACUUUGUUUUUAAUGAAUGUUUUUUUUUUUUUUUAAUUUUAUCAACACCAAUUAGACAUAUCUGCACUUCAUGCAGGGUACUGCUUGACCGCCUGUUAGUGUUGUAAACUGGUGUUUUUUAAAACCUUGCUGCUUAAGUGAGCAACAGAACCAUCCAAGCUGAAUUUAGCUUUGUCUUGCUCAGCAGCAGCAUAAAGCAGUGCUUCACAAAGCAGUAUGCCUUUAUUUUAUAUUUUAUACGCUUGUUAGUCAUAUAGACUAACAAGCGUUGUACAGGUGUAGUCUAAGGUUGUUCCCCUUUGAAGUUGGUUCCCCAUAUGAUCAAGAUGAUAAUGAAACAUUUUGUAAACAAUGCAUUUUUAAACACAGCCGGUACCUGGCAUGCAUUAUAUGCAGUCUAUGGGCAGGUCAACAACGCAGCAGCUGGUGCUGCUGAAACCUGCCGAAUGAACAUUUGACAUUUAUGAACAAAUCCGUUCCAAAUAAAGAAAUCUCACAUUUUUAAAGAAAGUGAACGAAGUCAACUUAGUUCAAAAUUAAAAACUGUGAACUAUGAACACUUCAGUCUGUGUGAACUGAACUUUCAGCUAGCUCCUGUGAAGUGUGAACCUGCACAACACUGGCAAACUAACAGUCACUAUUCUGGUGCUUGUGUUAUAUUCUGUUGCCUUUGCCAGUACACUGAGUAAAAGACUUUCCAUUAAGAGAGAUAGGGAGCAGUGUUGUGCCCCUUAAAAAGAACUAGCUCAAAGUUCAGUUCAUAAAGAUGAAAAUGAUAUAGUUUGCAGUUCAUUUUUUUAAAUUUUGAACUAAGUUCACAGUUCCAAAAAUGAACUAGUUCAUGUUCAUUUGUUACAUUUUUUAAAAAAUAAAUAAAAGCAUUCUUUUUCAAUAGAACCUCCUUCUACCAUCCAUCACCAGCCCCAAAUCAUUGCCACUCCCAAACUAAAUGAGUUAUUGUUCACCACUGAAGAAUCACAGUCAUGAGUUACAUUUAAAAUCCCUGUAUAAAUAUAAUCCUUCUGAGUCUUCACUUGUUUGUUAAAAAAGCUGCUUCAAAUGCUCAAACAAAUUGGCUUCAGCAGUAGUAGAUGCGUCUGUACCGUCUGUACUGCGAGCACCAGCCAAGCUGAGCCGUGUCUACCGAGACGUUGUUUGGCGUGCCGUAAAACUGACGGUAAAACGUGAGCGGGGUUCACUCUCCAUUCAUCAUUUGUAAACUGAUUGGUUCCAUUCAGCAUUCACUAAAAAUAUUGAACACGUUCAUGAACAACACUGAUAGAGAGGUCUACCUGCUUCUCCUGAGUGAAUUGGCCAGUGUGUGUGUGGUAGGGUGCACUUCAUUUCAUAUGAGCUGUGUAUUAUGUUGGAGUGGUAACGUUUUGUCAUGACUAUUAAUAAACCAUGUGAAAUUUAAGAAUUGGUGCUUGAAACAUGGGUGUAUUUAAAACCUGAUAUAUCUUGUUCCUCUGAGCCGCGAGCUCCACUGUUGUCUAGAAACGAAUGAAAACACAACAGUGAUCCACACUGUUACACUGACUGACAUCUUACUUUGUCACCAUGAACACACACACACUGUAGCUUAUUUUGACUCAGUCCUACACACACCCUCAUUCUGCUGCAUAUACUCACUAGAGCAUCAAAUGUGGAUUAAUCUGCUGCUCAAAUGCAUUGCUGUUUUUUCCCAUUUGGGCUAGAAACUACAGGGACCAGCUGCUUGAGGAAAUGGCUGAGUCUUUUUUAAGACGUAAACCAGUGAAACCAGUUUAAAGGUGUACAUCUUCAGCAGGAGCCAUCGGGCUCAGAGUCACAUACAGCUGGUGUUUACUAAAUCCAAAUGUCAUUAUAUCUUAUUAUUUUACUGGUGAAAUAAAAGCUUAAGUAAUGAUGCAGCCUAUG